UCGUCAUCACAUGAUGGACAUACAGGAAGUAGAUGGAGAAAGGGCCCGAGCGUUACUGCAUUAGUGCGUUAAUAAUAACAACAGUGAUUUAGUUGACAUUUACAUGGAGGGCUAUUGCUGACAGUCGGAGUCCAUGGAGUCUCAUGAGGAGAAGCCAAUAAUCUACACAAUGGAAAACAAGCCAAUUGUAACGUGUGCUGGGGACCAGGCUCUGUUCAUGUCUCUCUACAACUCCCUGACCCAGCAGCUGCCCCGGGAGCCCAUGGAGUGGAGGAGGUCAUAUGGACGAGCUCCGAAGAUGAUUCACUUAGAGGCCAACUUUGUUCAGUUCAAGGAGGAACUACUUCCCAAGGAAGGAAAUAAGGCGCUACUCACCUUUCCAUUUCUCCACAUAUACUGGACAGACUGCUGUGACACAGAGGCGUACAAGGCUUCCGUGAAGGAAGACAUUGUGCGGUGGCAGAGCUUGCUGCGUCUCCACAGCACACUGGACUGGCUCAUCGUGGUGGUGGAGAGCGACGCCAAGAAGAAGAACAAGACCAACAUCCUGCCCCGUACCUCCAUCGUGGACAAGAUCCGCAACGACUUCUGCAACAAGCAGAGCGACAGAUGUGUGGUUCUGUCGGACCCCCUGAAGGACUCUUCCCGCUCCCAGGAGUCUUGGAGCUCCUUCCUGACAAAGCUGCGCACGUUGCUGCUCUUGUCCUUCACGCGCAACCUGGGCAGGUUCGAGGACGACAUGCGCACGCUGCGGGAGAAGAGGACCGAGCCAGGCUGGAGCUUCUGUGACUACUUCAUGGUGCAGGAGGAGUUGGCCUUUGUCUUCGAGAUGCUGCAGCAGUUUGAGGAUGCCCUGGUCCAGUAUGAUGAGCUGGAUGCUCUCUUCACACAGUACGUCCUGAACUUCGGGGCCGGAGAUGGAGCCAACUGGCUGGGUUCAUUUUGCCAGCCCCUACGCAGCUGGAACGGGUUGCUGUUGCGCAGGCCCAUCGACAUGGAGAAGCGUGAGCAGAUCCAGCACAGCCAGGCCAGUCUGCUGGACCUGCGCAGCUACCUGUUCUCGCGGCAGUGCACCCUGCUGGUGUUCCUGUUGCGGCCAUGGGAGGUGACACGUCGCGCCCUAGAGCUGCUGCACACCUGCGUGCAGGAGCUGCGGCUGCUGGAGGUGUCCGUCCCACAGGGGGCACUGGACUGCUGGGUGUUCCUUAGCUGCUUGGAGGUGCUACAGAGGAUCGAGGGCUGCUGUGACCGGGCCCAGCUGGAGGCUAACAGCUCUCACACUGUGGGCCUGUGGACGUAUGCUACUGAGAAGGUGCGUUAUAGCCCCCCCACCAUGCUACUGAGAAGGUGCGUUACAGCCCCCCCACCAUGCUCUUGUCAUUUAGGAGGUGAGAUGCUUCCUCACCCAGUGAGUAAAAUAAGUCGAUGGCUGGCACUUCUCCUCAGGAGGAAGGGUGACCCCAAGCGGGCAGAGAGCUUUCUGCAGGACUCUGUGAAGAGCUACCUGAGUGAGGGCUGGGCCCUGCCUGUGGCUCACACCCGCAAGCAGAUGGCAGAGUGUCAGAAGCUGCUGGGCCAGACUGAGGACUACCUGCAGACCAGCGCUCUGCUGGCCAGCGACACCCACCUGAGCGACAGCGAGAGGAAGCACUUCUGCCAGGAGAUCCUCAGCUUCGCCGGCCAGUCAGCUGGCCACAAGGUAAUCCUGAACAUGAGCUCGUUUGCACAGUUACGGCAGCUGCAGUUCCGGCCAGCGGCAGCUGUGGUGCACGUCGGUGCCUCCCUGCAGCUUGAGCUGCGUCUGCGCAGCCUGAUGCCUGUACCGGUUCAACUGGAGCAGCUGGCCAUCACUGUGCACUUCAGUCUGGAGAAGGGUGGGACUUGGGGCCGGGCAGGGCCUGGGGGCGGUGCCCCCCGACGCACGGGGCAGGGCAGCCCGGGCGGUGCAGUGCAGUUCCCUGGAGAGAGCCCCCCUGGCUCCCACCCCCGAACAACGCCUCCCACUCUCGAGCUGUAUGAGAUGCAGGACCGCAGCCCUUCGGACGGGGCACUCAACUCCACCGGUGUCAUUUGCAAGAACGUUCACCUGCUGCUGCGUCGCCAGGACAGCGCCGUCUCCUUGGACACGCCCAGUGUGAACACCAUUUCCAUGGAAGACGGGGCCCAGCUGCUGAAGACGCAUGACGUGUCACUGUUGCCUGGCAACAACGACAUCCUCUUCACAGCUCCCAGUCAGGAGCCAGGCACCUAUACUCUGAGGCAGCUCUGUGCCACGGUGGGUUGGGUCCAGUUUGUGCUGCCCCACAUCUACCCCAUAGUGCAGUAUGAGGUGUAUUCCCAAGAGCCGCAGCUCACCGUGGAGCCCCUAGCAGACAACCUUGUGGCCGGCCUGCCCCAGACGGUGAAGUUCACCGUCGUCACAGGUCACUACAGCAUCAAGCGGGGCGAUGCACUGCAACUCAGCAACUCGGACAGUAUGCCCAUUCUGCCGGCACCACGCUGCACCGCUCGCGUGCUCUCCAGUGCCGCCGAGCUUGUAACGGAGACGGUCCUCUCCAUCCAGUCCUCGGAGAAGGUAACCAGCAUCUCGCUGCCUCUGACACCACCCUACCACACCGUGGAGUUCCAGCUGGUGGUGCUGUGCCACGUUCCAGCCGGCCCGGUGCGGCCCGACCCUGAGCGGCUGACCAAUGGGGAGCCAUGGCAUCGGCCCCGCAGCCGCCUGCGCACCCACAGCGGCAUGAUCGCCUUGGACCAGAAGAUCUCCAUAGACUGCCCAUGGUCUAUUUACUCCACACUGGUAGCGUUAACUUUUUACAUCCCCUUCAAAGCCAAGCACUCGCUACUGUCUGCAGGGAAGAGGAAGUACGUGCAGGUGUGCCUGCAGAAUGUCUCAGAUAUGAACUUCCAGCUGGCAGAGCAGAACCUGAUGCUGCAGCAGGAGCUGCCCAUGCUCAGGCUGCGCUCCCUCAACGGCCAAACGAAGCAGCGGGUGUACAGCAGGCAGUCUGUCUUCUACCUGUGGGAGAUGAUGUGGAACACAGAGCCGCUGCCCAGCCUCCAGUGCCUGUUCUCCAUCAGCUUCUGCCCAGCAGACGCCCAAAGCUUACACUUCACUCCGUAUCACUAUGAGUUCCAGCUGGACAGCUUGUCUACUCUGUAUAGUGUGUCGGCGGAUAUUCAGCCAGCCUCUGGAGAGUCUCACUGCAAGACCGGCUCCCUCUGUGGGCUGGAAGUGUCCAUCACGCGACUGUCAGAGCUCUCUGAAGCUGAGAAGCAGGAUGAGGGAUCUGUAGAGAGUGGCGGUCUCAGCACCACCAAGCUCAUGUAUGAAGUGGUGGAUAAUAGCAGUAACUGGGCUGUCUGCGGGAAGAGCUCUGGCAUCGUCUCUAUGCCCAUAGCAGCCCGGGCCACACACAAAGUGCGCAUGGAAGUGAUGCCCCUGUUCGCGGGCAAUCUACCCUUUCCCAGCAUCAAGGUGUCCAAAUAUUUGCCUCAUAACGCCUUGCCCGCUAUCCAGCCCGAUACAGAUGGAUGUCUUGAGAAUGACAAUAUCUCCCUGCUGGACAAAGGUCUGACGGACGACCAGGCAGACACCAGUAGCAUCCGCAGCCGUGGCAGCGUGGUCUCCCUGGGCAGCGGGGAGCAGCAGCGUGGCCUCCCCAUGCCUCGCCUGGAGCCCUUCGGCCCCGGGCAGGUCUUCAAUUGUAGCCAGGGCUGCCAGGUGCUCGUGCUGCCCAGCAAGGACGACCACGUGCUGGAGGUCAAUGUUACAUGAUGCUCCCAAUGUCACCUGCCCGCCCACCUACCCGCUCGGCCCUCUGGGAUGGCUGCUUUGGCUUUGGGUGGGUGGACCUCUUCUCCGGACUCGCAGGACGGGCUCCGGAUGUUUGCCCAGCCAUGGUGCAAUGCAGACAUCAAUGAAGCCUGAAGUAUCAUCUGCUUUUUUUUCUCUCUUUUCUUUUUGUUCUUCCCCUCCUUUUUGUCAUUGCUUUUCCCGCUGUGGAAGCUCAGUGCUCGGAGCCCAUUGGUUCCCUCUUCUCUACUGUACAAGGUGACAGUUGGAAUGUCCUGCCCUGCCUUCUGCCGGUCCUCGGUGGCUCCCUUUCCCCCGGUUGUGCAGACGCCUCCGAGUCUCACGGGGCACUGUGACUAUGCCAGGCGGCUGCCCCUGUGACCUCUGACCUUUGUAAGCGGCAAGGAGGCCAUUGUAGUACAGCUAAGCUCCCUCUUUGUGUCAUGCUUGUGCACAAGGAAUGAGUGUGACCUCACGUCGGUGCUGCACAUGCACAUUGGUGACAGAGGAUCGUGGCCAGACUGGCAGCGCUGCAGCGAUUCCUCAGCUCUCA